AUGCCCCUCUCCGAUUCCAUGGAGGUAAUCCGAAACGACCACCGGAGAAAAAGAGAGGAGUCAGAAACUUUUCUCCCUGUGCUCACUUGCUCACUUUCAUAUCUAUUGUUGUUCCUUCCGCGCGGAGACGAAUCUAAGCCCGCCCACUUUCUUCUCCGUCACUUCGCCCCCAAAAGAUUGUUUCCGAAUAGAGGAGAGGACCGUUUGACAGCCCGUAGAGAGAAGAAGAAAGUAAUGAGUUUCGUGUGUUUACUCAUUUACCAAUCAGUCACCCCCUCCCUCGAUAUCCAAUCUCCUAAAUCGGUUAGAUUCCAUUUUUCGUAUACUGAUUUUUUUUCUUUUUUUUUGUUUGGAUUUGCUUGUUUUCUCUUGUCACUUCCCUAUUUGAUCAGUCGUUUCGUUUUGCUCCCCGAUGUCCAUGGAUCAAAAUCCAAACUUUUCAACAAAAAAAAAUUGAAAUGUUUUAACAGAAAGUCGGUGGAAGCAGCCAAGGAGCCGAGAAACGAUGCGAUGCUUCUUCCUGUUCAUUUUACUAUUUUGUCUGUUUCGAAACGAAAAAAGCUAAAAUCUGAAAACCACAUCCAAAAACCCCGAUUUCCAGCCAUCACCGACGUAAUCUUCACAUCAGAACGGUGUAAUCGAGUAACAUAUGGAUUGAGAACAGUCAAUGGAGAUCCAACAAGAUACAAACAAUGCGGACCUUCUGGAAGAGUUUGGAUCGUUCCGUGCGCACCACAAAUGACGUUUGAUCCAGAGGAUAGGGUCUGCAAGGAACGUCUCGACUCCCGAACCGCCCAUAAACCCAUGAGAAAAUAUGAAACUCCUCCUAAAACAAUCAUCACAACUCCUGCUCCAAUCCCAUCCAGCUAUCCAGUCUCUGCAGAAGUCACCCCAGCUUCUGCCCCCGUCGCUGCUCCAGAAGAAUUCGUUUUCUCUACGAUCCGCCCUAAAAGUCGGAAACCAAAAGCAAGAACGCGUGGCAAACUGAGGAAGACAACUACAGUAAUGUCUACAACUCCAUCGACGACUCCAAUGUCAAUGGAAAUUCAAAAAUCUUCUGGAGAAGAUGAGAUGACGACGACACCGAGGAUAGUGAUAUUUGCGAGUAAAAAGAAUAGUUUGGGAGGAAAUAAAAGUGAGGAAAUGAGAAAUCAAAAUCAAAGUGUACAAAGAGGAAGAGGUGUUUCUGCUGCAUUUACAAGACCUGGAAGAAUCCGAACUACUACUCCGAUGCCUGUUACUCAUGCUACAAGAUUUGUUCCAGGGAUUCAGAAGAUUACUGUAGCUCCGAAGGAGAACCAAGGAAUGCCACAUACGCUGGCGCCGUAUGAGAAAACUGAGAGAAGAGGAGAAAGUUUUGAAACUGGAGAAUCUAUGACGACUAUGACUCCAGAAUAUACUGUUAGGUACAAUGGCCAAACAAUGACUGAAAAUGAGUUUUUAAAUCAACUGCUACACAUCGUCCAACACCAAAAAUCAGUGUCAGAACGGCAACAACAGGACAAGUUCGAGAGAAUGGAGCAGGAGAGGAUCAGACAGGAGAAAGAAGAAAAAUUACGUGAAAUGGAGAGACGGAGACAGCUAGCAGAAGCUGAAAAGGCACGGCAGGCAGAGAUAGAUAGAGUGAGUUGGGGCGUAUUUGCAACAGGCGGGAAUUUGAAUUAUUUUCAGCAAGCGGCAAUAUACGCGGAGCAAGAACGAAUGGCAAUGGAAAGAGAGCGAGAGCUGGAAAGGAUUCAGCAGGAAGAGAGAAAACGAGAAAUGGAAAGAAUUAGACAGGAAGAGAUAGCGAUGGAGAUUUCGAGAAUGAGAGAGCUGGAACGGCUUCAGAUGGAGAGACAGCAGAAGAAUGAGAGAGUUAGACAAGAGCUAGAAGCAGCUAGAAAACAGAAGAUUCUGGAAGAAGAACGACAAAGGAAGAUUAAGGAGCAGAUGAGAGAAAUGGAAAAGAUCCGGAAGGAACAGGAAGAAGCUAGGGAAAUCGAGAUGAGAAGGUUAGAGGAAGAGAGAGCACGUGAGAUGGAGAGAGUUAGAGAAGAAGAGAUGGAGAGACAACAACAAAUUGAGAGACUUAGACAGCAGGAAGAAGAACGGAAACGGAAAAAGUUGGAAAUGGAAAAGGAAGAGAGGAAGAAGGCGUUGAUAGAGGAAGAACGGAAGAGGAAGGUGCUGGAGAAGGAGUUGGAGGAAAGAAGACAAGCAAUUCUAGAAGAGGAAAGGAAGCGGAAGAUUCUGGAAAAGGAGAUGGAAGAGAGGCAGACUGCAAUUUAUGAGGAGCAGCAGAGACGGAAAGCGGAAGAAGAGCGAAGGAAACAGAAGGAAAUGGAAGAAAGAAAACAGAUUCAGGAGCAGAUGAGAAAGGUGUCGGAGGAAAGGUCGAGAUUAGAAGCGAUGGAGAGGGAGAGAGAACUGAUGAGGCAGAUUAUUGAAAAUGAGAAUAAGCAGCAGGAAUUUGAAGCCACCACCCAAAUCACAACCAUCAAACCAAUCUACCGACCGAACAUUUCUGAAUACCAACCACCGGAUGUUGAAUCCCACAUGAUCCGUUUUACAACUCAAUCUCCAGAAUGGGCGACGCCAUCGCCUGCCACGUGGAACCCAUCAUGGAAUACUGUAACGGCGGAAGAGGAAACUCCAGAAGUUUCUUUAGUGAUGCGUAGUCAAUGCCAGAUUAAUGGCGAAUGCGAGCUGAAAUAUGAUGCGGACUCGUUUUGUGCGCAUCCGGGCACACCAUCCAUGUAUCUUCAAUGUGCUCCAUUGUAUGGAAGACUUGGAAGAUGGACCGAAAGACAUUGUCCUGAUACUUUAAUAUUUAUUGUUUCGAUUGGAAGAUGUGAAAAAGGAGAAGAAUCUCGGAAACCGUAUGAUCCAGAUAAUCGGGUAGUGAUUCCAAGAUUACCCUCGGAGACGUCGUUUGUGGAAUGGAAGGGGAAUAGAGUAAUCGACCAUCACAUUCCGUCUCCAAUAUCUCCUCCACGUGUCUAUCCGCCCGUUCCCGAACCUCAUCAACCUCAAAUCUACAAUACCAUCGACGAGUUCCCGAAAGAUUUGUUGCCAAAGCUUCCAGAAGUUUCUCCAGCAGACACUUAUGCACAGCAGUAUCAAAAUCACAUCCAUGGAAGUGUGAUAAGUGGUGGUUAUCCACGUCCAGCGGCUCCAAAUCCUACUGUAUCUCCGGUUCCAAUAAUUCCAAGUUCUUAUCAAAUCACAAGAGUUCCAAAUGUUCAGGUUAUGAAUCAGGUGCCUUCCAAUAGCAUAAAAUCUGAAAUCGACUUGUCGCACAUUCACCCACUGUUUCCACGUGUACAGCCGGAUUUCUUGAGUCGAAUUUUGCCUUCAUUGAAUCUGAAAAUGCACGAUGAGCACAGAGAAACACAGUCGUUGGGAAGUGUUGUGAAGCCGGUUUUGAAAAAGAUCGCUCUAAACCAAACCGAACAAUUUCUGGAUCGUCUUUUGGCUGACCAAGUUCAAGAUGAAAAAGUCAGAAAGGAAAUUAUCGAUCGGCUGAAAUCUUCAAACAUCGAUGAAUUGAAAAAAUUAGUGGCUUAA